AACACACAUGUGCUGAAAAGCAUAGCACGGAGUGGAUAGGGGUAUAGAAGGCAGAGUAGAGCAAGGUAGAAAAGGAUCCUUCAUCUGCCUACUACCCCUCUUUCAGCACCAAGGACAGAGGCUCUGAGGGCUGCCCCAAGCAACAGUCAGUUUAGGGUCCCUCCCAAAUCUUCCACAGAAAACGGAUGCACUCAAAAGCAGCUAUGACACAUGCAGUAAGGUCUAUUAGGCAAGCUGGAAAAGCAGCACGCAAGUGAUGUCACCUUAGAGGCAAAAAUGGGUGAUUUUCUUUCUGUUCAUGUCCACAGUCUCUGUGUCUUGGGAAAGGCAAAGUUUGCUUUGCUUGGGCAUGUCUGCUGUCAGUAAAUGGCUACAGGAGCUGAGGUGCCUAAACUUCACAGUCGUCAGAAAUCAAAAGAAAUCUUCAGGGAUACCAUUGGGGUCACUGCUCUCCCUCUGGGCUAUGGCGCCACUGAGUCAGCUGAGUGGUUACAUCAACUCCACCUGCGGGACAGACAACUUCACGGGUGCCAACGAGGCUCGCCCUCAUGCCUACUAUGCCCUGUCCUACUGUUCGCUCAUCCUUGCCAUUGUCUUUGGCAAUGGUCUGGUGUGUGUGGCUGUGCUGAGGGAACGGGCCCUGCAGACCACCACCAACUACCUGGUAGUGAGCCUGGCUGUGGCAGACUUGCUGGUGGCCACCUUGGUGAUGCCCUGGGUGGUGUACCUGGAGGUGACAGGUGGAGUCUGGAAUUUCAGCCGCCUUUGCUGUGAUGUUUUCGUCACCCUGGAUGUGAUGAUGUGUACAGCCAGCAUCCUGAACCUCUGUGCCAUCAGCAUCGACAG